GGAGGUGUGCCGCGCGUCUCAGCGCGUCCCUUCGGGUCUAGAGUCUCCCGCCACUACAUCGCGAUCAUUAGAAUAUCUCGGCGUCAAUUAUAACGGCCCGAUAAAUAUUCAAAUCAUCCCCAGUGCGCUGUUGUUAACUUUCAAUUCGAAAAUUCCCUCAAUUUUCCUUUUACUUUAGUUCAACUCUUUUGAUAUUUUCCACUUUUCAUUUUUAAUUUAUCUUAGUAAUUUCGUUGAUGCAUUUUUUUUAUUUCGAGGGGAAAUGUAACAGUGAGUGGUUCUCAUAAAAAUUCAGGGAUGACGGGUGAAGUAAGCGCUACAUUUUCCCUCCGUUCGUGCACGAAGACUCAAAAAGAUUAAGUGCAGGGACGUUUUUUUCAUGACAAGUGAGAGAACGACGUAAUUUAGCGGGAAUGAAUCUAGGAUGAGGAGAAAAUCCUGUUUCUCCAUGUGACAAUUUACCCGAGAAUUCGAUUAUUUCCGGGAUUUUAUGGUUGAGAACGUCAGGGGAAACGCCAUUUCCGGAGGAUCAUGGAGCUCCAGACAGAGUCACCGGGAAAUUCAACAACGACUGUCGGCAGCACUGUUGCCGAGGAGGAGUACAGGAGAAUCACCCAGGAACGACGGCAGGAGUGCAUGGAGGCACUCGCCCUUAAUACAACCCCUCCACCUGAACCUUAUUGCCCUGGACUGUUUGAUGGAUGGUCUUGUUGGCCGGAUACACCGGCGGGUCAGAAGGUCUUCACGAAGUGUCCCUCGUUUAUCACUGGAUUCGACGAGUCAUUGUAUGCCCACAAAAUAUGCGAGCCCAAUGGCACCUGGUUUCGACAUCCCGACUCCAAUCAAAUAUGGAGCAACUACACAACCUGCGUCGACAUAGACGACUUCAAUUGGCAGCAGAGGAUCAAUAUCAUCUACAAAACGGGCUACACCAUAUCGCUGAUAGCACUGGUUCUCUCCCUAGGGAUCCUUACGUAUUUCAGAUCCCUGAGGUGUGCGAGAAUAACUCUUCACAUGAAUUUAUUCGCCUCAUUCGCUGUGAACAACACCCUCUGGCUGAUAUGGUACGGAUUGAUAGCCGCAAAUGCUGAACUACUCAUGGAGAAUGGAAUACUCUGUCGUUUGCUGCACGUGAUACUCCACUAUUUUCUCCUUACAAAUUACGCCUGGAUGUUGUGCGAGGGUUUUUAUCUUCAUACACUGCUCGUGAGUGCAUUUACGAGCGAGCAUAAUUUGGUCAAGUGGCUGAUGUGUACGGGAUGGCCAGCGCCAGCUAUUGUCGUUGUGGUAUAUGCGACUUUGAGGGCAACUAGUGAUGACCCGAAGGACAAUUCACAGUGCUGGAUAGACGAGGGCAACUACAUCAAAGUCCUGGUUUAUCCUGUUUGCGUGUCAACCCUGCUCAAUCUUCUCUUCCUUUUCAACAUUGUGCGGGUUCUUCUGACUAAACUCCGAGCUGGCCCGGCUAUUGGAAGUCGACCGUCUCGCUCGAUGCUUCAGGCUUUCCGAGCUACCCUCUUACUAGUACCACUCCUGGGGCUCCACUACUUACUAACACCCCUCCGGCCCCCGAAAGAUCAUCCAUGGGAACAGUCGUACGAGAUAAUAUCAGCCAUAACUGCCUCAUUUCAGGGCCUCUGUGUUGCCGUUCUAUUCUGCUUCUGUAAUGGCGAGGUGAUCGCGCAGUUUAAACGCAAAUGGGAGGGUUCGGCAUUCAUGAGAAAACGCGCCAACUCAUGCACAGCUACCACAGUCUCGGUAGGAAAUCCAAAGCUUUCGCAUUAUGCUUAGUGUCGAGUAACUGCGUCAUUCCUCACCCCAGAAUCACAAUAUUCCCUUCCACGUAUGAAUUGACAAUAACAGCAGUGAGAAUUUCACGUUGCACACCAUGAAAUUGUAUGAAUUUCGGAAAUCAUGAAUAAUAAAAAUUUCGCUUGCUCCCCUGGCACUCAAUAUAUUUGAAAUCGAUAUCUACGUUGAUCGGUCAAUGGUGCGAUAUGGACUACGCACAAUGGUAACUAAUUCAUCUGACCCAAUCAUGCGGCACUUCGAUUUACAUUCAAAUGUGUUCAUCGGGAUUAUCAAGAAAAUGCUUGGAUAACUUCAGUAUGCUCCCCAAAUGCACUAAUUUAUAUUUUACGAGGUCCGUAUCGUGCCAAUGGCGGAG